AUGGAGGACAGUACACGAUCUCCUGGAAACAUCGGGCCCCCACUAAAGAAAAGGCGAAGGAAUGCUACUAGAGCUUGUGAUCGUUGCAAGGAGAAAAAGUCGAAGUGCGAUGGUACUCGACCAUGUACUCGAUGUACUACCAGUGGGGAAACAUGCUCCUAUGAAAAACCAUAUCUCCGAGGCACUGUACCUGAGGUCCUACCUGCGAACCCUUCACAAAGUCAAAGCCCGACGUCUAGUACUGUUCGUGUCAAGUCUCAAGACCCGCAGGACCCUCAAGAUUCCCAUGACAUCCAUGAUAGCCGUGAUGAAAGCGUUGAUGCAGUGCAUCAUGAGUCGUAUCUCGGAUCCUCUUCAAAUCUUGUAUUUUCUGAAGCCGCCCACCUGCACUUAUCCACCCCACCUUCUACAUCAUCCAACCUACGAGGUCCACGCGAUAACAGCAAUGAAGGCGAAUAUACCGGUAGUGACCUCCCACAAAGACGCAUCACGAACAACAGAAUCAGAAAUCAGAACAAUCAAUUUUGGUUUUCUGAGCCUCCUUUUCCACAAUUAAACCUUGCUAUGUUCUCCCUUCCAACACGGGAGCAGGCAUAUCUAUAUUCAAGGUGGUACUUUGAGAACGCAUCACCUACUUAUCGGGUAUUGCAUCGGGCAAGCGUAGAGGCUAUCAUCGAUGCUGGACUCUACGUAGGUGGCAAUACGGAUUGUAAGAAAUUAGAGGAUAGGUGUCUUUGUGCAAUUGUCUUCAUGGUUUGGGCUUUGGGAUGCCAAUAUCCAUUGGUUGAAAAAGAGGAGGACAAAGAGAAAUACGGGAGAAUGUCGAUACAGUUCUAUCAAUGUGCACAACUUCAACUGGAAAAAGAAAAAUCACAAAUCGAUAGACUUGCGGCACUACAGGCAAAAUUACUCAUGUGUCUCUACCUCCUAACUAAAUCUCGAUUGAAAGCCUCGUGGGAUCUUUUUGCGUCGGUAAAAAACAUGGCAAACAGUCUGGACCUGAAUCGAAGGGUACGACUCCGGAGCAAUCUGGAUGCUGUGCAUUUGGAGUCACGAAGAAGAGCACUAUGGGCAGUUUAUACCCUGGAUUCAUAUCUAUGUACGAUGCUAGGGAAAACAUUAACUUGGGAUGAUAAUGAUGUGACAGAACAAUAUCCAAAAUUAAUAGACGAUUCAAGAUCAGCGUCAACUGAUGUUGACUUAAACCCUGAUGUCGAUGAAGCCGAAUUUGAUGAUGGAGAUUGCGCGCCAUCUUUGAUGCAUGCACCUAUUGCUCACGCAAAACUAGCACGCAUAGUACGCUCGACACUUCGAACGCUCUACAAUGACCGACAGAAGUCCGAAGAGGAUGAUUUAGAGGAGAUGGCGGUGGUUGAUGGUCUUGCGGCGAAGAUUGCAGAUUGGGAAAACUCACUGCCGGGCUUUCUCAAAGUAAAAGCCCCUGGAAGUUUGUUAUUGAUAUACGCACGACAAUCGGCGGUAAUACAGCUUGCACAUGCGCAUGCUUUGAUUAUGAUAUACCGACCUUUCUUACCACUCUCUGGGAUUACAAGCUCACCUACUUCUUCGAUUGCCACAAACGGUUCUGGAGGGCCACGAAGUCCAAGAGUCAAAGUCUAUCAGGAUUGCUGCCUGGAUGCCGCAUUAAAAGUGUGGAAUUUGGUUUCUGGUUUGGCCAAAAAGCGUUCCAUCUCUUCGCCUUUUUGGUUUUCAGCAUAUGUUACAUUUUGUGCGGCAACAGUCAUGUUGGUUUAUGCUGCACAAAAUCCGGACUCUAGCAAGAGGAGAACGGCACUAAAAGCUGCAGAGAGAUGUUGCUCUAUUGAGAAAAUGCUUGCCGGAGAAAACAACAAGAUGGCUCAGAGGUAUGCAUCUGCAUUGGAGGGUCUAUUGCGACAAGUCAAGGGUAGGCUAGAAUUGGUAGAUCGUGAUAAUGCGAGUGUGAGGGAAACUAUCAACAACAUUAGGACCACAUUAGACAUGACCAUUCAACCACUACAGCCCUUUGAACCCACUGAACACCAAUCGAAUUCACAACCACCGUCAUCAUCCCGUACAGUUCCACCGCACUCACAGUUUUCUCCUGCCUUUUCCGAAUCAUCAAUUUUUCCAAUACACGACCCUAAACAAUCAAAUUUGAACGAUCAAACGGGUAUGACGGAAUUAUGGGGUGGCAAUGGCAUAGAAUAUGGGGACAUGGGUGACAUUAUUCUGCAAGGGCUCGGAGAAGACUCCACAUUUCAAGGAUUGGAUGCAACAGUGAGCGGAGGUUAUCUCUUUGGCUGGCCAGAUGGGCCACUCUACUAG